GAGCACUCCCGAAAAGCAGCUGUUUUUAAAAAGUAAACAAACCCGAAACUGUUGUGAAUUUUGGUUUUUUUAAAUAUAAUGCAACUGCUGCAACGAUUGUGUACCCACAUAUACAAACACCAGCGGCACUACGUCAAGAAGCAUCGUGCAAAUUUUAAGCCAAAUAUGUCGUCGAACAAGCGCCUGGUCCACCAGGAGAUCCUGCGUUAUGUAAAUCCUUUUGCCAGAAUUAACGUAAACUCCGAUAUCUUUGUCCGGAUCCAGCCCGCCGAUGUGCAUCAGUACACCAGUGGGGACGUGUUCAUAAGCCAACUGUGCGGUGGCCCAGUCAAGAACUCCAAUGUCUCGCUGGACGUCAAGGUGGCGGACGACGACAAGGAGGUCAGCGUGGUGGUCAAGAAGCUAACCGAGCAGCCCACGUCCUUCGAGUGUGUUCUUCACGUUCCCGUCCGUUCCGAUGUCUGCGCUGUGGGCAAAGGCAAUGUGCGAGUAGAGGGAAUCCAAAGCGAGCUCCUGAGGGUAAAGGCCGAGGGCGGAAUCCUCACCAAGAACGUGAAGGCCACCAACAUUAGCCUCUAUAGCGAAAAUGGCAACAUCAACUGCAUGGGGACCUUGCUGGGAAAAGUCACCGAAAUAGAGACACAUAAUGGGAAUAUCAUCAUGGACAAAUUGCAGGGAGACAGCCUGACAGCCUCCACCAAGAGCGGAAGCAUAGUAACCGACUGCUGCUACGUUGAAGAGUCCAAGUUCCAGACGGAAACUGGACGUUUAGAACUAAAAAAUGUCCAUAAAACCAGUCAAGUUCAUGUCCAUGAUUCGGCGGACCUAAGCAUGACUGGUGUCCAUGGCAAUCUCCAGGUGGUAACCAAAGGUGGCAGCCUGAAUAUACAGCUCUCCGAGCUCGUGGGACACAACAAGAUCGAUGCCCAGAACCUGACAGAUGAGGCGGUCAUUUACAUAUCACAGACAAUUGAGCAGGAUCUCAAUAUCGAUGUGGGAGCCUCGGUAGUCAGUUUGGACACGGAACUGGAGCACUUGGCGCACGCAUUAAGCAAGGACAAGAGUCGAUUUCUCCUCAGCAAUGAAAACCAACACAAGUUGAUGGUUAGUAGCACGGGACAGAAGGGAGUACGCCUGGGCAAACAGUCGUGGAGUGAUAUGAUGCGUCAGAAACUCCAGAAUAUUAGCACUAAACCAUCCUCAUCUAGUUAAAUGCAGAAGAGCAGCUCACUAAGUUAAGAAUAUAUUGUGCUGUAAGCUACAAUCUCA